UUCAGUGCAGACCAUCAAGUUGAAAGGUUUAUCUAACCUUUAAAAGAGAAAAAAAAAAAGAAAACAAAUUUUAUAUUUCAAAUAAUUUCGCAACGUGUGCAUUUUUUGGAGUUUCAGUGAUAAUUGAUACUAAUCUGAUUUACAUAUAAUUUACCAAUAAUAUAUCUUUAUUUCUGUAACUACGUGUCCUGAGAAGUAUUUUCAAGCCCUUCGACAAGUAUAUAUAUACAAACAUAUACAUAUAUGUUUAUCAAGUGAUUCAAUUAAUUUAUAUCUGCUUCUAAGUAAAAAUAUUUUCGAUUGGAUACCAAAUGUUUUGAUUUAUUAAAAAAAAAAUCUCAUCAACUCCGAAAGUAUAAUUACACACGCUCACGCGGAUCACCGGCCGGCGUGUUAUGAAUUGCAUCUAAGUUGAUUGAAGUUUACGAAGUUGACGUUCAACAGAAACGUCGUGUAACUUCGUGAAAGUUGAAAAUUAUUUAAUAAUGGCUCACAGCGGUGCAUUUGAAUUUGGGGUAUUAAACGCUCCAUGGCUUCAUGGAUUGAGUUUAUACACUGGACACACAAAUCCAGCUCCUUCGGGUAUAAAUUCAAUGAGAAAUUGUCGUUCGCCUUUUCAUUCUGAAUCACCUGAUUCGAUAAAUUCAUUUCCAUCUUUAAUUAGCGGUGUUUUGCAAGUUGUCAAUGGUGAUCAAUUUGCACUUAAUGAUUCUUUUCAAUUACCGGCUAUUGACAGUUUUAAAGGAUUUGGAUUUAGAGAAUGUACAUGUUUAGACGGGAUGUGCGACGUAUGUUGCAGUAAAAUGAGAUUUCAGCAAUCAAUGAAUCCUUCGCAUUCGCCGGAUUAUCUCGUGUCACAAUCGACAUCAACUGGCACGCCAAGUCCACCUCUUCAAGUUUCUCAAUCAUCAACAUCGUUAACUAAUUACUGUGAACGUCAUUCGGACAGUUCAAAUUAUUACUGUCAAACAUGCAGUGUAUCCAUUUGCGGAGAAUGUGAUCUACGUAAUCACAAUGGUCAUGUUACGGUUUAUCUUAUUGAGGCUAUGGAACACGCUGGGAUGCAGGCAAAUCAAGUUUUAAGCGAAGCUAUGCAUGGAAUAAAAACAAUUACAGAUGAUCUUGAAGCAAUUUCGUUGGCUGUUGGUACAUUGGAUGUAAGAUCAAAACAAGCAACGGACGAUGUAUCAAUUUGUAUAAAAAGAAUAAUUUCCGCAUUGGAGGAGAGGGAAAAGAAACUUUUGUUAGAUAUUGAAAAGGCAAGAAUGCUUAAAUUGGCAUCGUUGAAAACAAGAGAUGAAGCGUUGAGAAAUAGUAUGGUUCUCCUAACAGAAACGGCUGAUAAACUAAAGAGAGGAAUGAGCAUAUCAAAAUUGACAGCAAAUCCAACGGAAUUGACUAUAAUAAAAGAUAUGGCUUCUGCGGAGAUUUAUCGGAUUCGACAAGCUCGUAAAUCGUUUACGCCACCCGAGGAGAAUUGGAUUUCAUUUAGUGGACCGGACAGUAUUGUUCUUGAUGCAAUUGCAAAUUUAGGCUCAGUUGCUUUAAAUAAUCCAGGACCAAUUGGAGAUCGUCGAGCAUUAAAAGGACGUGGUGGAUCGUCAUCUAAUUCUUCUUCUUCAUCAUCAUCUUCUAUGUCAUCACGAUCAUUGGCUUCGAUUCCAUGUGGAAGACCAAUUCCAGCAAAUAAUUUUCCAGUAAUUGUCUGGACUGAACAACAUAAUAUCUCAACACGUAUAGUACAUAUGCGAAGUUUUGGCAACGAUGGUCAUCCAUCUGAUAAUUUGUGUAGACCAUGGGGUAUUGCGUGUGAUAAGGAGGGUCAUAUUGUCGUUGCUGAUCGUUCAAAUAACAGAAUUCAAAUAUAUCGCGAGGAUGGAACAUUUGUAAGAAGAUUUGGUUCUCAAGGUUCGGGACAUGGACAAUUUGAUCGACCAGCUGGUGUUGCUGUUGAUGGACGGAGGCGUAUUAUUGUCGCUGACAAGGAUAAUCAUCGAAUUCAGAUAUUAACAAUGGAGGGUGUAUUUUUACGAUCAUUUGGUGAGAAAGGUACAAAAGAUGGACAAUUCAAUUAUCCUUGGGAUGUGGCUGUUAAUGUUGAAUGUCAAAUUGUUGUAUCUGAUACAAGAAAUCAUAGAAUACAAUUAUUCAGUUCUGAAGGUGUAUUCUUGAGGAAAUUUGGCAAUGAUAAUACAUCGUCAUUAUGGAAAACAUUAGAUUCACCACGUGGUGUUGCAUUUACACCUGAGGGCGAUGUUGUUGUCACUGAUUUUAAUAAUCAUCGUGUUGUGACAAUUGAAGCUGAUUUUAGUAAUGCAAAAAUAUUGGGCGGUGAAGGAGGUGGAAAUAAACAAUUUUGCCGACCACAGGGAAUUGUUGUUGAUGAUCAGGGCAAUAUGGUUGUAGCCGAUUCACGAAAUCAUCGGAUUCAAGUAUUUGGAAAAGAUGGAGUACUAAGACGUAAAUAUGGUUCACAUGGAACUGGAAUUGAUGAAAUGGAUCGUCCCUCUGGUAUUACAUUGACGCCUAGUGGAAAAAUUGUCGUUGUUGAUUUUGGCAAUAAUCGUAUUCUCAUAAUUUAAUACCAUGGCACACAAUGAAAAGGGAGAAAAAAAGAAAAAGGACAAAACAAAGAUAAGUAUGAUAAAUUGUAAACAAAAAAAAAAAAAAAAUGCUCACGUUUGACGUUCAUUAAAAUGAACGAUGCAAUAUUUUACAUAUAUAAUAUAAAUUAUAGAAAAUGCAUUCAAGACAUUUUAAAAUGUUUUAAAACAGCAUUUUUCUUUUUCUUCAUUCAAGGUAAAAGAAAACCUUCGAUUUACAGUAUUAAUAAAAUUUUGAAUAUCAAUAAUAUUAGUGUACAAAACAAUUUUGUUCGCAAUAUUAUUAAUAUUUGAAAUAACAUUAUUUUGUGUGAACUUGUCUCUGGUAUAGAAAAAAGAGAAAGAUUUUAUUUUAAUUAUAAAUAAGUACUUAACUUACCUCUAGAAGAUUUAGUUUUCGUUCACUUGGACAAGAAUUGGUGCUGUUAACUAAAAAAAAAAAAAAAUACACAACAGUAUUGUUUUUAUUAAUUUACAGUAAUUUUAAAAUAACAGGGCAUAUCAUAAUAUAUGUUUAGUGAAAAAAAAAAGAAAACGGUUUGCCAUAUUUCAAAUGACAUUUUAUUGAAAAUUGCUUGUUAUUAUAUAGUAUGUAUAAUAAUUGAUAGUAAAAACUGUAGUAAUAACUGUUUAUUCCUUAAAUUUGGAAUAAAAUACAAUUGCGUAAGAUGAUAAUAAUAUAAUAAUUAUAAUGUUGGGCAAUUUUGAAGGAUCCCUUAGACUUUGUGAUGGAAUCAAAAUUUUUCGGAUUUUAUUAACUGCUAAGGGUUCAGCUUGCAUGACAGUUUUAAAUGUUUAAUCUCUACUUUUUAAGAUAUUAUUUUUUUUCUGCUCUAGUAGAGAAAAGAUUUAACUCUAGUUAUAUAUAGCCUCAUGUCUUCCAGGAGACGCUUGCAUAAUAUCCUAGACUUGUGUCCUGCAUUCUGAUUCUUGUCAAUAUUUAUAUAUUAUCUGAAUUUUUAGAUAAUUAGAUAUAUAUAUAUAUUAUUUUAUUCUAUCAUUUUAUUUUUUGUGUAAAACUGGUUUUGGUUUUGCCAAUUACGAUAUAUAUAAAAUACAUGUGACACUUAAAAGUUACCAUUGGCUUUCUUUCUUUGUUUUUAAAUCAAAGCAAAAUGAAAGAUAUCGAUUGCAUCUAUUACACAGUAAGACUGAACCAAGACUGAAUAAAAAUGCCAAGUUUUUGUUUACUCUUUGAAUGUUGUCCAACACAUUAUACAUAGAUCAGUGGUUAAUGUGUGGCCGCAAAAAAAAAAAACAUGUAUAACAUCAAAAGGAACUAGGAUCGUUUUUCAAAAGCAAAAAUCUUAAAAAAUUCAUAUGAAUUUUAAAAUGAUCCUAGAUUAAAAUCCUUCCAUAUUAUAUAAAACGUGUUUAGAUGUAACUUUAUGCAUAUUUCAUAUUUAUCGUAGAUUUAGCUGUUCACGUUGUCCAUCUUUUAGAGCCAUUUUAAUUUUUUAUUUUUCUUUUUAAACAAAGAAAGAAAAUUACAUCCAAAUUAAGUUUCUCUAAUAUUUCAAUAUUUAAAGUGUCACUCAAAAGUGUUGUGAAUCAAAUUUUCAUUAAUGAAAAUUUUUUUAAAAAUUAUGUUCCCAAAUUUUAAUAUUUUUUUUUUAGCAAAUUCGAUAGUUUAAAUUUUAUUUUUAAGAUUUUUUAAUGCGACACUUAUUAAAAGUUAAGUGAAGGAAAACAUAGUUUAAAUCUUUUUAAAUGGAAAGAAUAAAAGUAAAUUUUUUUAAUAAAUAAAAAACCGACAGUUUUUAAAAAGAUUAUAAAAUGAAAGGGCUCAAAUGCAAAAAAAAAAGUAGUUGAUAUAUUUUUUUUUAUUUUGUAUUAUAAAUUUACGUACUUAAAUAUUUAUAUUUUAAGUAUAAAACAAGAAUUGUAAAAGAUUAUUUGUGAUUUUUUCAUACUGCUGUGAAUUUAGUUAUCAAUUUGUUAGUAAUUGUCCAAUUAAUUAUUAUCAAGGAAAUUGUCUUGAUGAAGAUUUUCCUGAACUUUAAAAAAAAAUAAUAAUAAUAAUAGUUAUCAGGGGUUGUACGCAGGGGGUGUCUUUGGGGGUUUAACCCUUCUCCUCCUUCUCAUGAAAUUAUAUAAGAGAAAAACAAAUCUAAAAGAUUUUCUUGGAAAAUUAAAUAUUUGAUUUUUUUUCUUCUUCUGAAUAUUGAACUUGACGAAAAUUUUCGUUAUGUCCCCUGAUUAAUAAACGGGCUUAAAAAUUCGAGAUUACUGAAAAAACAAAAAGAAAAAAGAAUAUUGUUCCGUGUGAUCUCUUUCAUCAACUAGUCACACUUUCCAAAUGAGCCGUUUUUACUUCUGCUCAAAGAACAUCUUAAAAACUGCUAUUUAAGUGUAAAAUAAACAAUCUUAUAUAUAUAUAUAUAUAUAUAUAUAUGUAUAAAUAAUAAUAAUAAUAGUUCGUAUAUUCUUAAAAUCAAAAUACAAAAUAUUUUUGCAUCAAAAAACGCCUGAAAGAAUUAUGUGAAAUUCCAUCUCUUGGAAUCUAAUAUUCAUUCAUACAGUCCAUUAUAUAUCAUUAAUUGUAUAAAAUUGAGUAGAAAAAAUUAUGUCUUUAACAGAGAUUUUUUUUUAUUAUAAAAUAAGACAAACCUCUCGUUUUUGAAGUUAAUACUUGACGAGAGAAAAAAAGGCCAUUUUUUUUGUUUUUUGUAUUUUUUUUAUUUAAAAUUGCUUCCAUUGAGCCUAAAAAAAAAAUGCUGUGCAACGAAAAACGUAUCUUCGUUUUUUAUUUCUCAAAUGAAGGAAGAAAAAUUUAAACAAACUCGGAGAUAGAGAGAAAUCAAAAUGUACCUUUUUAGAACAAAAAAAAAAAAAAAAUAUAUAUUUUCCGCCAGGUGCGUCAAUCAUUCUUUAAAAUGAAAAGCGUGUAGUUUAAUAUUUAAUUAAUCAAAGUUGUCGAACGAUUUAGAUGUACAAAAUGUAGAAAAAAUAAUUGCACGAUUGCUCUUUAAAUAUUUUUUUCUGUAUCGCAAUGAAGAAUGUUGAAUCAUUUUUAAUUAUCCACAUUCUUAAUCAAAAA